CUCUUUCGAGAGUUAGAAAAUAUGUUUCAUACAAAAUGGUUCGAGCAGUUUCACUGUAAUUCCAACGUAAAAUUGAACGAACGAAUGAAAAAAAAAGAGAUGCAUCUUCGCGAAAGAAAGAAACUUACUUUAUUAUACAGCACUUUACAAACUGCCUAGUAAUAGAUCGAUUAAAGGAAAAGUAUGUAAUGAAAUUGACAUUUUUUUGAAGAGCUGGUGAUCACAUGACACUAUUCGUUAGCAAUCAAGCGUUCUUAGUAAUGUAAUUAUUUAAUAACUUUAGUUAUCAUCAAACGGCUUGCACCAUCUAGUGGUUUUUUGAGUAACUGGUCUUAUCAGAAAAGUAAAGCGUCACUUUGAUAUUCAACAAAUCAUUUUAAUCUUUUUGUACUGUUCCUUUUCUUCUUUUUUUUUUUUUUGGAAAUGAUAUCUUUCUUCGUUAUAUGUUUCUUUUAAUUCUUUGCAAACCGGUCUUUCUUGUAUAACGAUGAAAGAUCACUUGAACAUUUUUCGCUAACUCAUAAAACGAAGGUUCUGUUACUAUACACCCCUGAGAGGGUGCUUGGCAACCGGAAAUAUCAACAAGAAAGAAUAACGGUGCCGCACGUACAGCUAGUAGAGCUAUAUAGGGUGGCAGAUGUAUUUCUCAAAUGUCGCCGCUGAACCUCAUCGACAGUUACAUUGGGAAAGUGUUUUCCUCUCCGUGGAUCCUAAAGAUCAUCUACGUGGACGGUGAGAAAGACACGGAUGUGAACGUUGCCAACUUCCGGAAAAAUCUCGGAUCCAUUGAGCGUAACUUUCUAUAAAUGAUUAAUAAAUAGUUGUAAUUAUUGAAAAAUAAAGCUCCAUAAUGGCGCAUAAACCGCAACAUAUACCGGACGAGAUAGAACUUGAGACGAUAGCUAUAGCUGAACUUUCAAGAUUGAAAAGGCAGUAUAGGAUAAUGGAAAAUGAUCGAGGUGCUUGUACAGAGGAUGCAAAAUUACAACUGCACAAUCAAAUGAACAUGAUUAAUCGCUUGGAGUACGAAAAGGCAGAACUCGUUCUUCGUAUUAAAACUGCAACUUCGAAAACGUUUGUUCGUAAAGAUGAGGAAAUGGAAGAAAAAUUAAAGUGUAUGUUAACAACGCAAGCAAAAUAUGACGAGAUGAUAAAGACGGAGAAGGAGGAAAUAGCAGAGCUCGAUAAUGAAAUUCGCAAGUUAUCAAAAGAGGUUGAAAUGUUCAAAACAAAAAUUAAGACAGACACGCAACUAAAAGAAAUAUCUUUACAACAAAGUAAAAUGGUUUGUAUAUUGGAAAAUCGGCUUGAAGUAGCAACGAAAAGGUUCAAUAUUGUAGUUGCUCAAAACAAAAAGCUUCGAGAAGAAAUCGAAAAUAUGCUGAAGGAAAGAUCGCAGUUCACAAUACUUUGGAAUAAGUUAAUUAAUCAAUUAAACGCCGGAAAACAAAUUAUCAAUGAUUUAAUAGAGCAAGCUACCAUCGCGUUCAAUCAAAGGGACGAAGAAUUGAACAAGAUUCAAGCUCUUCGUGAGAGGGGACUAAGAGAUCUAAAGGCUCACGUGUCAGAAAUGUGCGAAUUACAAAGGACAAUGGACAAUGAAAUGAAAUUGCAAGAAUUUCUUGGUGUAAAAGGACAAUAUCGCGAAAUGGGUGAUUUGAAUGCAAAACGUGCAGCUGAAAGGAAAGCGAAAAUGGAAGAGAAACAAGAUAAGAUCGAGAAUUAUAAAAAUAUCUUACAAUUGAUUAAAGAAUUCACCGGCGUGCACGAUGUCGAUAAGCUCAUAGCGCACUUUAUCAAGCAAGAAGAAGAAAACUUUGCUUUAUUCAGUUAUGUGAACGAAUUAAACGAUGAACUGGAAGGUCUCCAGUCGAGGAUGGCUCAAUUGUCAAUAGCUAUACAAGACGCACGAAUUAUGAACGAAGUUACUGAUCAAAAACAGGCCGAAACAUUGGAGAAACUCAAACGAGAACUUGAAGAACAAACCGCUCUCGCUGAUGCGGCUGAAGAAAAUCUGAUACAGUGUGACGACGUAAUAGAGAAAUUGUUAAAAGGAAUAGAUUCUCUCUUUAAAGCAAUUCGUUGUGACAAUUCUCCGAUCUUGCAACUGUUAGGUGAUAAUGAACAGAUAACAACGUGCAAUGUCAUGCUAUACUUAGAAAUCAUUGAAAAACGUAUUACUCAGAUGUUCCACAAAGUAUAUUGGCUAGAUAAAGCUACCAGAACGCAACAAUUGCGACUUGACGAAGAGAGAAGACCCAGAUUGAAAGUGCCUCCUAUUGAAUAUAUUGCCCCUACUCAACCCUGUGCCUUAUGUAUCGAAAAAGAAGAAUUACAGAUCGUAUCCGAAGGUUUGGAACAUCCAUUAACGCGCGAUGAAGCUACUAAAAAGUUAAAACAAAGACUCGAAGAAGAUUACUCGGAACUCCUGCAUAAUAUAUCUGGUUGUCAUUUACCGGCAGCUAGAAAAAUCAUACAGAAACGAUAUCAAUAA